AUGUCGGACUACUCAUCUCGGAAUCCAGAAUCAAAUUAUGGCCGCGAUGACGAUGACAUCAACCACGACCGUAUGGAAAGCCACAACGAAUUCACCCCGACAAAGAAAAAGACUUCCAGCGUCUAUUCAACCCUUCCUACUGGUCACUCGCAAUCGGGAUCACGGACUUCUUUUUCUUCACGAACCCGCGACGCAUUCAAUGAGCACUAUUUCAAAAUGUACCGCAAAGGAUGCUAUUGCAUCCUCACGCUACAAGAUGACACCAAUCUUCUGCGUAUGGCUCACGUCAUUCGACGCAAUAGCCCCCGCGAGAUGGCAAGCGGUAUCGAGGUGCAUCAUUCUUUCGAUCAGAAAUACUGGUUUUUUUUACCGGAUAUUCAUGUGCUGCAAGACGUGCAUGAUUAUGUCAAGACGAUCAUUUCAUGGAGGGAAAGCACGUCAUCUAGCAAGGCUCCUCUAUCAUUUUUAACAAAGUGGAAACUCGAAAAAUUAACUCAAUACACCCUAGUGGCCGUAAUCUAUACACCGCCGAUUUCGAGGAUAGAGCCAGGCCAGUCACCAAUAACUCAUACAUAUCCUUUCCCCGAUUUCCCAACACUUGCAUGUCAUAUUGCGCCUCCUUUUGCCGUCAUAAACGCAGGGCCGAAGUGCAACCGAGAUAAAAUUGGUGAGAUUGUUCAGGGACGCUUCCCGCAACCGACAGAUGAGUCUAAAAAAUUUGAACGGCGACUUACGCUGCUCUGCGAUACUUGGGAUCUUUUUCAGGGCGCCAUGAGCGCCGCUCAGGCGUGGGGGAUACAAUGCAAUAGAGAACAAAGGGCUCGUGAAAGAAAGAGGAAAGAGGCCGACUCAGAUCAAAUACCCAUGCGCAUCACAAGAUCUAAAUCACGCCUAAAUCUCACCGGUACGCCGUCCUUCAACGCUCUCAACCCCCAAGCUCCACGACGACCAACUUCAUACCCACCAGGCCAUCUCAAACGCAAUCUCUCAUCCACAUCAGACAGACUCACUUGUCAGGCGCUCGCACGUCACGGGAAACGACCAAAAAUUGGGACAUGUGGUUAUGAUGGCAGCUGGUCUCGAAGUGCAAUCGCAGAUUGGGCUAAGGAUUCUUCCAGGGCCUCAUCUCUACUAAAUUCUGAUGUCCUUGGAUAA